UAAAUUACUCAGUGCGCUGUUGAACUUCCGAUGAGAGUGACAGAGAGUUGUCAAAUAUACAUGUGGAUUUGAGCAAUACAGUUGAGUCGUAGAAAUUUGACUUUGUUGAAAGAUUUGGGAUCUACACAAAUAUGCCGGAAAGUGUCUCAAAGACUUUUAAACAGAGAAAAAGUUUUGCUGUGAGGAAAGAUGAAGUAGCAGGAAUCCGAUCCAAGUUUCCUACAAAAGUUCCAGUGAUCGUGGAAAAAUACCAUAAAGAAAACCAGCUCCCUCUGUUGGACAAAACCAAGUUCUUAGUUCCACAAGAACUCACCAUGUCACAGUUUGCUACCAUCAUCAGGAAUAGGAUGUCUCUGAAUUCCAACCAAGCGUUUUACCUGAUUGUGAACAACAAGAGUAUAUCAAGCAUGUCUAUGACCCUGGCAGAAGUAUACCGAGAUGAUAAGGAUGAGGACGGAUUUUUGUACAUGACAUAUGCAUCACAAGAAAUGUUUGGUUGAUAAAGAACUGUAAAACUUGUAAAUGACAUGUAUUUGAUAAAUUCACUCGAUUUAAGGAUUUCUGUGUUAAUAAAGUAUCAACAACCACUCUGCUGAUACUGGACAAACCGUUUGGUUGUUAAACAGGAACAAAAUUUAUUGAUGUGGCAGAAAAUUUCAUGGAUGAAGCAUUGUGCCAAAUGUAUCAGGCUGGAGGAAAUUAAUCCUCGACAGCCGGACUGUGGCUGAACUGUGAACUCUGGCAGUGUGCACAAUUGAACAAAUUGGCAUGUGACCAGUGUCGAGGAAUACUGCAAAUGUGGUCACGGACGACUGUCUGCGGGAUAGGUCAUCUCUGGGGUCUGAAUGAUAAACUGGGACCACAGUUGAUAAUCAGACCAAACAAAACAGUUGACAUGUUUUUGCUUUUGACUGUCAAAAAUUAGGGAAGGUAUUCUAAUAGGUGGGCAGAACUGUUUUAUUUUGCAUAAUAACUUAAAGAUUAUAGAGAGAUUAUUUCAGACAGAACCAGGUCCUUUUAGAUCAGCCCAAAAGCCAUUAAGGAAGGCAUUGAAAAUAGUUAAGGUAGAGAAAACAUAACAAAUAUGUUUCAUUUGGCCUCGUUAUUAGGAAGGGAAAUUGUGUGACAGGUGUGUGAAUGGUCAAUUUCUGGCCAAUGUUUUUGGUAACUCAAUUGUGUGACAGGUGUGUGAAUGGUAAAUUCCGGCCGAAAUUGAUGGUCAGCUGUUACAAGGGAGAUUGUAUGACAAAGUGUCUAAAUGAUCAAAACUUUGGCCAGUGUGAAUGGUCACUAGAUAGGACAUUUUGUGACAGGUGUGUGAAUGGUCAUCUGACCAUUGUUGUUGGUCACUUGUCACUCGUUAGGAGGUAGGUUGUGUGUUCUGAGGGAGAGUGUAUGACGAGUGUAUGAAUGGUCAAUACUAGUACUCCUGCCAUUGUGCAUGGUCACUAGUUAGGUAGGAGAUUGUACAACAGUUGUGAAGUGGAAGAUCUGAAUGGUCACCUCCGGUCAAUGUCUAUGGUCGCUGAUUAUCAUCACAGUAUAUAUAUAUAUAUGAAGGUCUAAUUAUACAACAUGGUUACAUUGUAUUAUACUCUGCUAUAUACACACGUUCAACUAUUAUACACUACAGUUUGAUAGGUCAAAGAUAGGGUAAACUAGAUUUGAACCAACCAAACACCAUGUAUUUGUGUUAAUUGAAAAAUUGAAAAAGAAUGUUAUUAACUACAGUAACUGUGUUUAUAACAAAGUCCAAAGAAACAUAUAUUUAUAUUAUGUCAUAAUCUUUGUUACUAUAAUUAAAAACCAUGGAUUUGAAAACAGUAUUUUACUUUAUCAGAAUAAGUUUCCAAAUGACACACAGAAUGUCAUUGCUGAGUGUUCAUGCAAUGUCAAUGACCCAGAGUUCAUACAAAUUUCAGGACACUGACCUGCUAAUAUUUUGUCACACACACCACUGUAAUUUAGCCCUUGUACCCCUAUGUAACUUUAGUAGACUCUACCAUACAUUGAUAUGGAUGAGUCCAUUAUAGUCUACAGUGGUGAAAGGGUUAGGAGGAGGGGGCAUAUUUACAGUUGAAUAAUGCUUUUUCUCCUUGUACUUUUUGUAGGGAAUACUUUUCAUUGCAUGAAACUAGCAGAGCAGGUGCACCAGAGUAUAAUACAUGUGAUAGUUAGACCUUGGUAUUGUCUAGUGGUGGUCAAUAUAGGAAUGAAUAACACUGUGUGAAGUAAUAAUGACAUGAUAUGGUCAACAUUUGCCAUUAUUGAUGGUCACUGGUAUGUUAUUUGACUGUGAUGGAAAUGCUAUGGUCAACUCUGGCCAGCAUUGAUGGUGACUAAGACAAAGCUUGAGUAGGACUGUGUGAUGAAGUGUGAUUACCAAUGCAACUCUGGUCACUGUUGAUGGUCUUUUAGAGACAAUGUGAUUGUAAUGAAAUAGUCAGCUCUGGCCACUGUUUCUUGGGUGGAAUGUGACAGUUUGGUGUAAUGUGAUGACCAGCUUGGCCAGUGACGAUGGUCACUUGCUGCAAUGCAAGGAGUAUAACUGGUGCAUGAUGAUCAACUGUGGCCAGUACUGAUGGUCACUGGAGUGUGAGUGGGAUGGAUUUUGGAACUGCUGUUAAUAUACUGGUGGUCAGCAUUUCUACUGCUAAUAAUGUGAUAAUUAUAUGUAAACCUUUUCUUUUGGUGUGAUUGUACAUCAGUUGUUAUCAAUGAGUCACAACCAUGUUAUAUAUGUACACAUGUAUUAUAUAGUACACAUACAUAUGUACACAUGUAUUAUAUAGUACACAUACAUAU